AUGGAGGAACUGGUACAGGAACUGCAACUGCAGCUGGAGAAGCAGUGUGCUCUGAAUAAGGAGCUGCAGAGUCAAAAUCAGGAUCUGGUGACACGCUUAGAGGAGAAGGAACGGUUUCUCACAGCGCUACAGAGUCGGUUUGACCAGCUGGAUAAUCAUCCUGAGAGGAGCAGUAAUGAAAGUGAGCCUGAAGUGCGGAAGAGCCGGGCAGCUGUCAUUGCACCGGAGCCUCUGCCUGUAGACCUAGAGAUCACAGAGGCACGGGUCAAGAAGACCAUCAGCGAAACAAGUCUGAUCGUCAAGGCCAUCCAGAAGAAUGACUUCCUGAGCCGGAUAGAUGACGAGCAGAUCACAAUGAUGGUGGAAUUACUGGUUUCCACAGACAGGAGCCCGGGUGAGGUGGUCAUCACUGAGGGCUCAGAGGGCGACAGCAUGUACAUUGUAGCAGAUGGAGAGCUGCGGGUGACUCAGGGUGGGCAAGAUUUACGCACUUUGACCUCUGGAGACGUGUUUGGAGAGCUGGCCAUCCUUUAUAACUGCAAACGCACCGCAUCGGUCCAAGCACUCACUAAAGUCAGGCUAUGGCGCAUUGAGAGGCAGACGUACCGCACAAUCAUGGCCAAUAAGUCCAAGAAGAAACGAGAGCAGAUGAUUGGCUUCUUAAAGACGGCCCGGACGUUGAAGGACCUGAGUGAUGUUCAGCUCUCGAAGAUCAUUGACUCCAUGGAAGAGGUAAAAUUCCAGAACAAAGAUGUGAUCGUACGAGAGGGAACAGAGGGGAACACUUUCUACAUCAUCCUGAAAGGCGAGGUCCAGGUGACCAAGAAAGUGAAUGGCCACCAGAAAGAGAUCCGCAGGAUGGGUAAAGGACAGCACUUUGGGGAGCUGGCACUGAUUCGUGAGAUCCUCAGGACCGCUACAUGCACAGCGGUGGGCCAAGUCACAUGUUUCUGCAUUGACAAAGAGGUUUUUGAGGAGACCAUCCCCAUUGAGCACCUUGAGCUCCCUGAUGACUCAAAUGUCUUUGAGGACAGGACUGUUCCGGAGAUAAAAAGCCACCACACCUCGCUGCAACUAAAAGAUCUCUUACCGGUACUCUACCAGGAGGGGCGCUAUCAGGGCGAGCCAGUAACCCUGGGAGUAGGAGGGUUUGGCCGUGUUGAGCUGGUCACCACACUGCGUCAUGGGAAGUACUAUGCACUGAAGAAAGUCAGUAAGAAACACAUUGUUGCCAAGCGACAGGAAGAGCACAUUAAGUUUGAAAAGCGGAUCCUUCAGGAGAUACAAAGUGACUUCAUUGUCAGACUCCAUGCUGCCUUUAAAGACAUCCGCUAUAUCUACAUGAUAAUGGAGUUCUGCUCUGGAGGGGAACUCUGGACUAAACUGAAAGAAAUCGGGCGUUUUGAGGAGCCGAUCGCAGUGUUCUGUGCUGCCUGUGUGGUCGAGGCUUACGCUUAUCUCCACAAGAAGGGGAUCAUGUACCGUGAUCUGAAACCAGAGAACCUGAUGCUGGACAGAAGGGGGUAUAUCAAACUGGUGGACUUUGGCUUUGCCAAGGAGCUGAUGAAGGGGGACAAGACUUACUCCUUCCUAGGGACCCCUGAGUAUAUGGCUCCUGAGAUCAUUCAGAACCAGGGCCAUGACUUUGCCGCAGACUUCUGGUCCCUGGGAAUCCUGGUAUAUGAGCUGUUGGCAGGCAGCCCUCCCUUCUCCAGCUCAGAGCCCCAGAAGAUAUAUGCAAAGAUUUUGGAUGGUGUGAUGAAGUUUCCCCCAUACAUGGGUGAAGGUGCCAAAUCUCUCAUAAGCAAGUUGUGCAGACCACGCCCAGGUCAGAGGCUGGGGAAUACUAAAAACGGGAUAAAGGACGUCAGACACCACAGGUGGUUCGGCAGUAUAAACUGGCACAAGCUACGAGUGGGUCAGGUAGAGGCUCCAACAUUGCGACUUAUACGAAAGGGCCCCUGCUACAUCAACUUUGACAGGUUCCCCUUUGACAAGACUCAAGCAGACGAGGAAACGUCUGGCUGGGACAAUGACUUCUGAAUAUCGCUGAUCUGUAGUGGCGCCAAGACAGGGGUGCAAGGGAUAUAGAAUAAAUAUAGAAUAUCUUUUUGGAGCCUGCCAAACCAAGACAAGUACAUUUCUACCUAGGUUCCAUUGAAAAGCACCCUCCCCAUCAUCAGCAUUUUUGGAUUACAGUAUACGGUAGUAUGUAAUGGUUUGUGUAUAGAGUAUAUGACUCAUUUUCAAAUCUGAAACUUGUAAAAAAAAAAAAAAAAAACUUAAAUAAUAAACAGAACAGCCCAUUGUCAUCUGCAAGCUUAUUGAGCAAGCAAGCAAAACCUUGAUUUCUCAUGAUGUGCAGAAAAUGGAUGCUUACAUCAUACCUUCAUCAUACCUUCAGCAUAUUGAUAUGGAGUGAAAUCAAACGCGUAUGUGUAUGCAAAAUGAUUCAUAAAGGUAAAUUGAGAUUUCUACAUGUAAAUGGUUUGUAAUUGGAAAUCGCAUGUUGAAAAUACAAAACAACAAUCUGUAUGUAUACCAAAUUAUAUGAACAAUUCUGUGUCUAAGUGGAGACUGUAUGCACAUACAACAUUCAUUUUACAGAAUUUUAACCACUUAAGACCAGCAUGAAAAAGACAUACCAAAAAUAAAAUGGUUACUAUUCUUGAAACCUUUUGACAUAAUCCUGGUCUCUUCUGAAAGGUUUGUUCAGAAUUACUCUAAAUCUACUAAAACAAAGUGACAGAAGCUCAUACACUGUGGAAGUGGAAGAUUUUUUCUCACUGAAAAGAUUUUAUGUUUUUGAUUGGAUACAGAUGAUUGUAUCCUGGAAACGGAACAGAACCGGACAAAUCCCCCCCCAAUUUAAUGACAACAUCAUAGCAUUAGCUAUGUCUAGGCAUGUUUCCAAAAUUAGAGACUCCAAAGGGGCACAUAGAAACUAAAUUAUAUUAUGGGUCGCAUGAGGUGUAAAAUACUAUAUGUUGCAUGCUAAAUUAUACACGUUUGAGGUCCAGUGAUCAAACUUUUUGUCAAAUGCCCAACCCACCUCAACAAAUCAAACGCAUCACACAAAUGUACAUGCCAUUUAUUAUUCAAAUGCAAGCUUGCUCCGUAUUUAUAAGCAUACUGAAUAAUAAUUAAAUAUUUUGAAAAUGUAUUUAGAUGCUCACCAAUAUAAAAUGGGGUCAUAUCUUAGUGGUGUGCAAUUUUACUUUUGACACUUUCUAACAAAUUGUAUUUAGGGUUUAUAAUGUCCUGAAAGCUUGCACCAUGCUUUUGCACAAUUAUUAUGUUUCAACACAUGGUUGGUGAGUAGAUUAUCUCAUUCAUUGGCACUAGGAAACUUGAAGUAAUUCAAAUGUACUUAAUUACCACUUAAUUUGCCCCUGAAAGCAUGCAAUACCCCUUCAUUAAAAAUAAAGACCCCUUAAUUUCUCUGGGUGGAACCCCUUAAUUAUGAA